AUCUCCCCUGCAGUCAAUCACCUCCUUUAAAAUUCACCCCUUCCGUUCCUCACUCCACAUAAUUUGGGCGUGUGAAGUAGGCAGGCAGAAGAUCCCGCCAAAAAGGGUCGCUCUCCUCCUUCAUUCGAAGAUGAGCUCCAUGAAAUUUUGCCGCCGAUGCAACAACAUUCUGUACCCUAAAGAGGACACGGAGCAGAAGGUUCUCUACUACGCUUGCCGCCACUGCAACCACCAGGAGAUUGCAGAUGAUAACAUUGUCUACAGAAAUCAGAUACGCCAAUCUGUUGGACGGAACCCGCAAGCAGAGCAAAAUGUUGCUGCAGAUCCAACUCUUCCCCGCACCAAGUCUGUUCGUUGUUCUCAAUGCAAUCAUGGAGAAGCUGUCUUUUUCCAGACAACAACUAGAGGGGAAGAAGGCACCACACUCGUUUUUGUUUGCUGCAACCCAACCUGUGGCCACCGAUGGAGAGACUAGGACUUUUCAUACUUUGCUAAAGUCAAGGUACAUUUGUAAUCAAAUAUCUGUGCUAGUUGCUUUCCUUUAGUUUAUGGAUCAUACAAGAAGUUUGUGUUGAUUUUUUCGAAUUGCGGAAGAUAUGUAUGAAAGCUAAUGACUAGAUUUGUAAGAUAUGGAAGUGUUAUUAAAGUCAUGUGUUAUAUAGACUUCAAACUUCAAAGAUAGCAUCGCGGGAUGCAUCACAUCUGGAACUAAGAGUAGCACCUUAGUCAGGUACCUCUGCAGUAAGGGAGAGAUGGUUAUUAGGUGCGUAGCUUAGUACAGGCAUCAUCUUUUCAUUUUGGGUACAUUACCACGUUCACCCGUAUGCUUCUAUUGAUUUGCUUUCCAUAAUACAGAGUAACGUCAACUUGUUAUUACUCUGUUGAUAAGAUUAUUAUUACAUAAUCAAGGAUGUCAAAUAUCCCAUUCUCAGAGUGGUUAUCAUUGGUCCUUUUGAACA